UGUUUCAUUGCAGAACAGUUUACGGAGAGAUAGGCUACAGUGGUUUGCGCACAGGGCCUUCCCCCUCGUAUGUGCUUUCGCUCUGCGUAACUACGGAUGGUUUGUAAAUGGAGUCUAAGAAAUUUUCCACCACACGUCUCACGGAUUUUGCGAAGAAACUGGAUUUUAUAAACUGAGUCACCAUUUCAAGUCGGCAGAAUGCCGGAUAAGGACACCAAUUUGCCUUGGAUUCUAGGGACAUUAUAGCCAUUAAGACUGGCUUACUCGGAUUUACCCGAUCGGACUGUUUCUUUGAUCAAGUUGGGUCAUUGUGGAUGAUGGAUGGCCGAGACUUCGGACCCCCCAGAUCUGUGCACGUACCGCCGCCCCUUCUCUCGGGGCUGCCCCUGGAGUCACACCGGCUCGGCGCGGCCGCUGCGGCCGGCAGAGUGCCACCGUCUCCCGGUCAUCUGGGCGCGGGGCACCCGGCGGCUCUACACACGGGAAAAUAUCUCUCAUCGGCUAUGAACCUACAUUCUCACCACAGUGAUGCCUUCCCAGGUGCCUCAAGCCCAUUCCUCGGCGGGUACGUUAGCGCCUCCAGUGCUCACGGGUCGUCGGAUCCGGCCUUCCGAGCCCCAAACCCAGCCAGCCUGCAAAUGGCCCAGUUCUGGACCUCUCACCCUCAUGAAGGUUUUUCUCAUUUGCCAAGCAGUUUGUACCCCAGCCCUUACAUUCCCUUGGGCCACCUUGAGCAUCCACAGCUCAGCCAACAUGCUCUCUUUGACUCACAAAAAGAGGGGUUUUACCUGCAAGGUUCAGUGCACUCUCAGUCUACAAUGGCCAGGAGCCCAGUGGCUCACAUGCCCGGCUCCUUCUCCAGGGAAAAGGAGACCCUGCCUUCUCACAAAAGCUCUAAAGACUCAAGUAGGGAUCUGGGAAAAGAGAGGCCCUGUAAGAGUGACCUCAGCCACUCCCUCCCAAGGAAGGAACGAGAAAGGCCAAAAGAGGAGUCACGGCCCCACAGUGUGGUGGACCUCACCUUGGAUGUCAAGGCGGAAGAUGAACGUAGGGUGAGCAACUCUGAGAGGUCUGCGAAAACAGCGGAGCAUGCUCGGCAUUUCUCUUACCAGCACUCACCUGCUCUGAGCACCACGGACACUAAACCCAAACAGACUCACCAGAGUUUACUUGGCAACUCCGGGACAAGCAGUACCACGCCAACACGACACCUGAGUACAGAACAGGACAGGAGGGACAGGGACCGAGAUGAUGAAGCCAACCGACCUGGGGGCCACCUUUCCUCCGACAAGCAGAAAAGAAGCGAUUUGGUAGCUACAUCAGCUGGCACUCUGCAUGUGUCGUAUGCAAGUCCCUCUUCCCUACAGCCCAACCCAUCCCAUCUCCCGCCCAGGCUGGUGUCCUCUGGCACCUACCCUCCCCCUCACCACAUGCCGCCCAGCAUGUACCCGCUCUACUCUACAGCAAAAGAGCCAGGCAAAGAACACAGAGUGAUAGCUCCUACUUAUGUGCCUUCUGUCGAGGUUUACGAUGAGCGAAAAGGGCCAAUUCAAAUUGCGUCCCAAGCUCGAGAUAAUAAAAAUGACAAGAGCAGGGAGAGGGACUCGCACAGAUCUGCCCUGCAGGUGGGGAAUGAGAGAACGCAUAUGGACUACGGUCGGUCCUCCGUUAGGAGCGAGUCUCCCCCUCACGGAGACGUUAAGAAAGACAUUUUACGAGAGGAAGGCUCAAUAAUUAGGUCAAAUGGUUUGGCCAUGAAAAAGCCCUUGCAUUUGGAAAUGUGCACAAAUAAAUCUGGAAACAGCCCAGAUGCCAGGGACUUAUCCAACACUACAUCAAAACACACGAUCAAAAUGGGAUUCGAGAAUGAAUCCCGCAGCCAAGAGCGGGAUAGGGUUCAAAGGUCUACCCAUCCGUUUUCUAGAAUGGAUCCAGCUACGCUCCAUUCGGAACAGCAUCCGUUGAAGGCCUUAGGUUCUGCUGAACCCAAAUGGAAGCCUUUCGAGAUGAGCAAUUAUGCUACCAGUCACAUUGCCGCAUUGGCUGCCCAACAUACUCAUGGCACCCGAGGUGAAGAAGAGGCCAAGCGAAUGUACCUGGACACUACUGGCUUACAUAGACCGAUAGGCACUGGUGGAAGUCCCAAGGGCCACGGGGAGGUUUCAGCCAUGCAGAGCCUCAUCAAGUACAGCGGCAACUUCUCCGGUGAGUCUGGUUCCAGGCACGGAUCUGACAGCUGUAGUCCGUUUGGAGGACUGGGGAGCAUGAAACUGGAGGCUGGUUAUCCCGGAGUGUCCAGAGUUCAGCACCUACCGCCCCAGCAGUCUGGAAAGCAGUUGAAGAAGGAACCCGAGAGACCUGAGAGCGCUAAAUCCUUUGGCAGAGAAGGAAGCUCUUCUCAGGGCGAAGCCGAGGUUCGUCAUCCACCGGUAGGCAUUGCAGUGGCUGUUGCUCGCCAGAGGAACAACAACAGCAGCAAGCCCAGCUUGGUUUCGGACCGGGACAGACAGAUUCUUGGAGGAGCCAUCAAAGGCCCAAUCCACACAGAGGAAGAGCGAGGAGACGAGAGGACGCGUCAUGGGGACGAGCGCCUGCUGUCAGGACGUGUGGAGCGCGAGCAGGAGAAAGUGUUAAGAGAGAAUAAAGAGUUGGCAGACUACACUCAGAUGCAUCCACCUAUGGUGCCUGCUAGCGGACUGAAUCCCAACCUGAUGGUGACUGGUGGACCGACUCUGGCUGGUGCGGGCCGCUGGCCUGCUGACCCCUCCUCCCACCUGGCCUCCCACCCGUGGCUGCCCCGGCCAGGAGCCCCCUCCAUGUGGCUGUCUGGUUCUCCAUAUGGUCUAGGUCCCCCUUCCCUUCAUCAGGCGCUGCCUCCAGGAUAUUCUCCUGCCUUGACAGGCUCCCUCCCCCCACCUUACCAGUUUGCCCGAGAUCCUCAAACCGGGCAGGUGGUGGUUAUUCAGACGGAGCAUCUGCCACACUAUGCUGAGAUGUUAGAGCGAGGCCCCCCGCUGUGGUCGGCCAUGUACCCGGCAGCAGGAAGCACUCUGCAGCAUGCCCAUCAGCUCCAGCUCCUCUCCCACCAGCAGCUCCUGCGCCAACAGGAGCUCUACAUGAUCCAGCACCAGACCGCACAGGUCAUGGAGCUGCAGAGGAAUGCACAGUUAGUGGAGAGAUUAAAUGCAAGUCAAAUGAGGACAGAUUUGGAGGAAAAGUCAGACAAGAGAGGAGCUGAAGGGGCCAGAUCCAGUCUCUCGGGCAUCCCCACUCCAGCCCUGCACUCACGCAAGCCUCCCCCACGCUCCCCGACCCCCUCCACCUCAUACAGCAAAGCCCUGACACCGCUGCCCGUCCCACUGCUGCCUUCACCUGUCACUGCACUGAAGUCUGAGGACAGACCCAAAGUGGAGAAGCCCCUCCCUCAACAGCACUACUCCCAUCCGUCGUCGCCUGUCUCUCACUCAGUCAGCCCUGCUUCAGCAUCACCUUCUCCUGCCUCCCCCAUCCAGACCAAAGAGGAGUCUGUGGAAGUGCCUGAGAAAGAACCACUCAGUCUACAGAAGCAGCCUUCUACUCCCUUCCCAUCCAUUUACCAUGAAAUUCCUCCGGGCUACCCGUACCAAUCGAUAACGGCACCUUUCGGCAGCCAUUACCCCUACCUCCUCCAGCCGGCUGCUGCUGCAGAUGCUGAUGGCCUGGCUCCAGAUGUGCCGUUGCCGGCUGAGUCCUCCGAGCACUUGGCGACCGCCGCGGAUGUCAAACCCAACCACUUGUGUUCUCCAGUGGUUGUGGAGCCACUUCAGCCAUCCAGAGAGCCAGAGUCCAUGGAGGAGGGCGGCACACUGUUCAAAAAAGAGCCAAACCUGGAAGACAGCAAAGACGUCCUGAGCCGGGAAAGCCUCAGGCUAGCAACCAUCACCACCCAAGACUCUAGCUCCCCCACAGAGGCCGACGCACACCCUAGAGACAAAGCCACACCAUCCCCAGAUGAGGAAUCAGAUGAGGAAGAUAGAGAGGUUGUCAAAAUCGAUGCUGCCGCCUCAAGCCGUCCAGGGCUGUACAAAACAUCUAGGCUGGACUCUGAGAGAACCACCAGAGAAGAAACUGAAGAGGCCUCGAUUGGUCUGGUAGACCAAGUCUACAAAUCCUCAUCUAGUUACACGGACGCACACCAUAUGGUUUGUGACAUCCAACCAGCAAAACCACCCUCAGAUCUCUCUGAUAGCCUGAACCCAGUAGACCUCAGAGAUCCUGUCCCGGACGCUCAACACCUGGAGUCCAUUCUUGACAAUCCUUUCCUUCCUAACAGCAGCCCUCCUCACCUUCAGCCCUCUUCCGCACCGGUGGCCAUCCUGCCUGAAGACCCGAUGGCAGGCAUGCUUGCCCUGGUCACAGCCAGUGAGCUUCCGCAGGCCGGACCGGUGCCCAUCCUGGCAGAUGCGUGUAGCUCUAGAUCUGAGCUCUGCGUAGGCGUCAGUCCCCUGGAGUCCACUGCUCUGGAAGGCAUGGCCCUGCUCAGCCAGAUGGCAGAGCUGGAGAUGCAGAGGCAACCCAGAGAUGACACACAGGCUGUAAUGCUCUGUGGACUGGAGAGUCUGCUGGAAGCCGGCAGGCAGGUCCUCCUGGAGGCCAUCGAGUGUCAACCUCAGAUCAGCAUCCGUCUCCCCCGAGAGCUCAACCCUAAUAAGAAAUACAGCUGGAGACAGAAGAAAGAUGAACCUAUGUUCUCCAAAUCCUCUUUGGAGGGAAUGGACACCUCAGAAGUGGACUACCGUGUGAGACUCGCUGAGCUUCAGCAACGUUACAAAGAGAAGCAACGAGAGCUGGUCAAACUGCAGAGGCGGACAGACAAAGAAGAUAAACGUCAGCAGCAGCAGCAGCAACAACAGAUCCAGCAGCAGGAGAAGAACAGAAGUUUAGCCCGCAGGGGCCCGGGACGUCCCCGAAAGAGGAAACAUGGCCUAUGCACACUAUCUCCACCCUCCAGCAAGCUGGAUUCGAAGUGUGUGAAGUUGGGCAGAAGCGUGCUUUACUCAGAGGACUCAGAGAGCGGGGAGGUGCUGAGGAAGCGCUUUCGGGCCUCUAACCGAGAUGAGGAGGAGGAGGAGGAAGAGAUUGCAUUGAGAUUGAAGAAGAAAAAAAAGAGCUGGAGCGAGCAGGAGGCUUCUUCAAGCUUCUCUCAUGAGGCACCUAAAAUGGCUGUGAAGAAGAGCCGAGUGAGCAUGCAGGAGCAGUUGGCAUCCAAACUCGAUAAAGCCUUGUCCCUCACUAAGCUCAGCAAACUCAGCAAGCCCUCUUGUAAGUUCAUAGACGGUUCCUCAGGGAAGUCCAGGGCUAGUUCUGGAAGCAGAGUCCCUAUGCUCACCGAUAUAGACAUGAGAGUUAAGAUGGGGAAAUCCUGCCUGUCGAAAGAUCUCAGCAUCUUUCACAAGUCUUUCAAAGGAGGUAAAAGCAAAAUGGCAGCCAAAACUAAGCCUUCAGAUCCAUGCCUUAAGGGAAAAGGCCAGCGGAGAGACCCUUUUUCUCCAAUGAGGUCAGAGAUCAGCAGCUAUUCUAACAACACAGAUUCAGAGGAGGACGAUUCCCUGAAGGAUGGCUGGCCUCCCAGCUCCAUGUUGGGAAGAACAGGCUCCCGUCCACAGCUCCCCGGCCUGUGCAGCACUCCAUCCAAGAAAAAGCGCUCAUCAGCCAAGAGAGCAUCUUCAUCUUCGUCUUCAUCACUCAAGUCCAAGCAGACGGCCAAAGAGAGGAAACAUAAGCACUUUGCUUUAUUGCUACAGGAGGCAGGAGUCAGCUCCUCUGAGGACUCAUUUGACCAAGAGUAUUUUACCGAACGGGAUGAUUAUGAGGAUGAUGAUGAUGAAGAUGGGUAUGAUUACGAGCUUGAUGAAAGCGACGGCCUGUGUUCAUCAUCCAUAGAAGAAAGCGGGCUGGGUCUUCUGGCCCGCUUCGCCGCCAGCGCUAUCCCGAGCCCCGUUGUCACCAAUCCGCUCUCCGUUGUCCAACUGGAGGCUAAACAGAAAGCCAAGAAGAAAGAGGAACGACAGAGUCUUCUGGGCACGGAGUUCGAGUUCACAGAUUCCGAGAGCGACGUUAAGAUGAGAAAGAAGUUACCGUCGCUGUUGCACGGCAAAUGGUCGGCUCCUGAGCUCCCGCUCUUGCCGCCUGCGAGUGUCAUGCGUGACGACUCCAGCCCCAGCAAGCGUGGACGCAAACCCAAGAAACCCAAGUCUCCCCGGGAGUUCAGUUUCGACCUUACCGCUGACGGGAGCGAAGACGAACAAUGGACACGGCGGAGGAGCGAACGCAUCUUCCUCCAUGAUGCUGCCCAAGCCAACCCCAUCUCCCCGUCUGGCAAAACUCCUCUUCCGCUUACUCCCAAAUCCGUCCGUGGCCCCAAAGUGGCCCCGCAGAGCCCCAAGGAGCUGGCCAAAGGCAAGGAAACGAAAGACCCCAACAAGAAGAAGAGGGUUAAGGAGAUCCCCCUGUGUCUGCCCCCACCGCAGCUCUCCAGCACACCCUCGGACGGCUCCGCAGCUCUCCCUGUCAGCCCAGGACGCAAGAGCAAGGUGAAGCCCAAAGCCAGAGAGCAGGCUCGAGGGAAGGGCGGUGCUGUCAGCAAACUGAUGGAAAGUAUGGCUGCUGAUGAGGACUUUGAGCCCAACCAGGACAGCAGCUUCUCCGAGGAUGAGAAUCCCCUUGUGAGCGCUCAGCCUGAAAGACCCUGCACCCCCGCCCCUCGGAACUGUGUCAUUAACAAAGAUGAACUGCAGGACGGGUUACGGGUCCUCAUCCCUAUGGAUGACAAACUCCUGUAUGCCGGCCACGUCAACACUGUUCACUCUCCUGACAUAUACAGUGUGGUGGUGGAGGGCGAGAGGGGGAACAGGCCACAUAUCUACUGCCUGGAGCAGCUGCUACAGGAGGCGAUUAUUGAUGUGAAACCCCCCUCCGUUAGAUACCUACCCCAGGGGACCCGGAUUGCAGCCUACUGGAGCCAGCAGUACCGUUGCCUCUACCCUGGCACGGUCGUCAGAGGGAGCGCGGACAUGGAAGAGUUGGACGAUUUGAUUACGGUGGAGUUUGACGAUGGAGACACUGGCCGGAUCCCGCUCUCUCAUAUUAGGCUGCUGCCGGCGGACUACAAGAUUCAGUGUGCAGAACCGUCCCCUGCGCUCCUCGUAGCUUGCACCAAAAGGCGAGGAAGGAAGUGCAGUAAGGAUGUACCUGAUGGCAAAGAGACACCACCCAAAAACACAGAGGAGUCUGCUCCGAAAAGCAGGGGCAGAGGAAGAAAACCCAAACCAAAGCCAGAGCCUGAAGUCGCUCCAAAGGAGCAUGAAAAGCCUGACACACCAAUGCCAAUGCAGGUCCCCGAGAGGCCCCUGCCCAGCCAGAAAAGCGGCCCACGGCCAGGUAGAAAAAUGAAGCAAGUCGGCACAGCCAGCCCCUCCAUCCCCGGAUCUAAUGAAAGCCAGAAGAAAACCACAGGAAUCAAGCCCCCAGCCAAAGUGCGUUCCCAGCCCCAGUCUGUCUAUUCGCCGCCGCUUUAUGGAAAAGUUCUGUCUGUGGAUCUCUAUAAUGAGCCCUCCACUUCUCUGGCCUCCUUUAUAUCCAACAAUGAGACUGUGAGUCCCGCGGGGAAAGGAAAGCCGGUCAAACGCUUGCGAAAGCCUGAGGAGGAGGCAUCUGGAUUUGGUGUGAAAAUGCAGCGCAAGCAACCGCAGACUGAGAUCCUCAUCAAACUGGACCAUGAGGGAGUCAUGUCACCCAAAACCAAGAAGACCAAAGCCCUCAUGAUGAUGGAGGGCCAAAACCUCUCCAAACGAGAGAAUAAGUCUGUCAUGGGUGUCAGCUAUACUACAAUAUCCACUGCAGACAAAACUCUGAAAGUUAAAAACAAGCCGAGUGAGGCAGACCCGCCUACUACAGAGAGCGUGUCCACCUACAGUGUUCGUAAGCUUGGCAGUGGAAGUGAGGGUCUGAUGAAGGUGAGCAAAUCAGGGGAGAAGGACAAGAAGGAACUGGAGUGUCCCAACUGCAGUAGCAGCAGCAGCAGCAGCAGCUCGGAGUCCGACGGAGAAGAGGAGCGAGCGGCCUCGCAGGAAAAGAAGCCCAAACAGGACUCAACCAGCUCCAACAGCUCGCGGGCAUCAAGUCCCACCUCUUCCAGCUCAUCCACAAGCAGUUCAUCGUCCUCAGCUGGAUCUCACUCCUCCUCCUCUUCCUCCUCAUCGUCCUCCACCACCAGUGAUGAAGAAUCCUCCUGUAGCUCAGAUGAAGAUCAGGUUGCUGUUUCUCAACUGUCCCCAGCCGCAGAGCAUGUACCACCUCAAGAGGAGGAAGACGAGAAGGCCAAGUCAAAAUUGGGUCCUGCUGCCAACAUCCAUAAGCUCCAGAAGCAGCAGGCGUCUGACACACAGCAGCAGAAGACCCAGAAACAACAGAAGGUGAAGCAGGGAGUCGGUCGCCCCAAAAGACGAGAGGGUUUCCACCUCCCAACUACUAAGGAGCUGGCAAAAAGACAGAGGCUACCCUCCGUCGAGAACAGGCCCAAGAUCUCCGCUUUCCUUCCUGCCAGACAGCUGUGGAAGUGGUUUGGAAAGCCUACUCAGAGGCGGGGAAUGAAAGGGAAGGCGAAGAAGCUUUUCUACAAAGCCAUAAUGCGUGGCAAGGAAAUGAUCCGUAUUGGAGACUGUGCCGUGUUCCUGUCUGCCGGACGACCCAACCUCCCCUUCAUUGGACACAUCCAGAGCAUGUGGGAGUCCUGGGGAAACAACAUGGUGGUCCGUGUCAAAUGGUUCUAUCAUCCUGAGGAAACCAACCCUGGAAAGAAACUUCAUGACAAAAAGAACUGGGAACAAAUGUCUGGCCAAAGUCGUCCUGCUGUUCUGCAGGCUUCCAACCAGAGAAAAGACUUCAUGGAGCGGGCUCUCUACCAGUCCUCUCACAUUGAUGAGAAUGACGUCCAGACCAUUUCUCAUAAAUGCCUGGUGGUCAGUCUUGAGCAAUAUGAGCAGAUGAUUAAAACUAAGAAGUAUCAAGACAGCGAAGACCUCUACUACCUGGCCGGCACUUAUGAACCCACCACGGGAAUGAUAUUCAACACGGAUGGGGUGCCUGUAAUCUGCUGAGGAUCAACAAAUGAGGCGCGUGGAACCAAGCGAAUGAGAUACAAGGGCUAGACAAGACGUGUUUUCUUCACCCAAAGCCCGACUUAUCAGACGAGUACAGAAAACGUCCUGACAAAGACGUUGAGAUCACUUCAACAGAUGCCCAUCGUUUCAAACACGAUGGUGACCGUAUUGUCAAAUCGAGUCGAAGUUCAUCGCAAGUGUUUGGUCUGCUCCAUGAUUGUGGUGGACAAAUGAUGUUCUCGGGAAUCUCCAGCAUCAAAAAUGUCUCAGAGGUCAACUGCAUCUGCACCGCUGAGUCCUGUUUGCUUCAGCCAUCAACGGUGCGGCUGAAAUGGAGGUGACACCACUUCUGCAGGACUCAUUCUCCGGGUGAGAAGGCCUGCUUGGAACCAGCUUCUUUGGCUGUGGGACCAACAAUGGAAAGAGUAAUUAAAGCUGACAGGCCAUGUCACACUUCUGCCCAGAGAGUCGUCCCCACCACACGCUCAGCUGUCCAGUUACUGCUGCUAGAUCCCUGGCAGAACUUCAAGGGCUGGCUAAUGAACUCCGACAGGUAAAACGAUAGCAGACGUAAAGCUGUGGCCCAUGUGAGAAGCACUUAAAAGAAGGAGCCUGCAAGGACUGUUUAUUAAUAGGAAAGUGUGAGUCACUUUUCCACCGAGUGGCCCAGAAGAUCUAUCCGAAUAUUUAUAUACGAUCCUCGGCCCUCAGUCACAGCGCCAGAAAGGUUUCUUUUUACGAGUCAAGGGCUCUCCUGGGACAGAAACGGAUGCAGAUGACGCCCGUUUGUAAAUACAUGCAUACAAGCUAUAUAUGACAUGGACAAAUAUAUUUUAUUUUCGUGUACCAUAGAUUUAUGUGGCGAUUAAUUUUUUUUUUUAAAGCAUCAAAAGAAUACAAAAAAAGCUUUAAUAAACUGUGAAAAAAUGUUAACCAAUAUCAGGAAGUUUUAGAGUACGGAUCUUGUAAGUCGUUACUGGAAUCUCAGAUGCCCACUACAUUGACGACGUAAUGUAAUCUUGAUAUCAAAACUACUAUUACAGGACAGAUGGUUCGUGGGAUUUGACUGUGUUCGAAGCCAGUUGUCCCAUAAUGCAGUUUUACAACAGAAAGCACUUAAAUUCUGCCCUUGGUCUUACACAGGACAGACUUCCCUUGACAAUCCCCUGUUCAGGUGGACGUGAAGCGCUUUGCGGGAAAACCAUUUUAGCUCUCUCAUUGCUUCUCAGGGUCAGUGAGAGAUGGAGAAUGAGAGUUUAAAAGCACGGUUUAAUCAGGCUACACUUGCUUAUCGUGUCUAUUUUACUCUGCUUUCUCUUUUUUUUCUGAAAUUAUCCCCCACAGAAAGCAAUUAAAUCUCAUGCAUGAAAGCACUUUCUUGGAAUAAACAAGUGGCAGCAGUGCAGGUGACGUUAUCUGUUAGCGCUUAAAGUCGAAAGCGGAGUUGUUUUUUGCCUUUCUCAAGUCUUUUUUUUUUUUCAUCUCGUUUUCUGGUUCGUUCCUAAUAGCCUUAACCUUGGUCCCUAAAAGCUGCCGUGUACCGGCAGAAUCAAAGUCUGAAUGUUGUCUUUGAAGAUAGCUCCUUCUGAUUGAUAUUGUGUUCCAGAGAAAGUGCCAUCAGUCAUCAGAGGCAGUCAGGACCAGGCUAUGUAUUCGCUGCUUCUCUAAUCAAGACCAGUCAAAUGUAUUUGAUUUAUGGCAUCCUUGCAUGGAUGAAGAGACUAGCAAACACCUUAUUUGCUUAAUUGUAAUUAUGGUUCUUAUUUGUGCCUCAUUCUUACGGUUCAGAGGAGGUAUGAAUGUCUUUUUCUUUUUAAAGUGUUGUUUGAUGCUGGAAGGAAACUGUUCUGAAAUGAUUUUCAUGUCUAUGUGUGUUUUUUAAUGAAACUAAAACCAUUAGAUGAUCUUAUUCUGUACUGAUCUUUUUUAAACAAUUAUGGUUAUCAAGAUGUAUAGAAAAGAUGAGGUAAGAGGCUACUACUAAUGUUGUUGUUGUUGUUGUCCAGCCCAGUUUUUUUUUUUACUCUGUAAUUCUUUCUACCUCCCAAACUGGUUCAACGUUUCAUGUUUUUGUUUUUUAAUAUUUUCUCUUGGUGGUAUUUUUCCACUUGUGAGAGAAAUGUCACUGAAAUGUAGGCUUUUAAACCAUUGCCUGUUUUUAAUACUUUCGCCAUGAUGAAUGCCCUGAUGUUCAUUAGACACUUGGUCCUUUCUGUUGUUUUGUUUUAUUUUUCCCCGUUUUUAGAGGGAGAAUAGUGAGUUCGAGAAGGGUAUGGACACUAGAGACUUCCGGUCUUUGCGACUGGAAAAUAUUUGGCCUACUCAGUAUUUUGGAAAUGUCUUUAUAUUAUAGAAAUGUUGACACUAUUACGUAUAGUAGAACCGUCUGAAAUGUGUAAAAUAUAUAUAUAUUUUUUUGUGUACGUUUCAUAUUACAUUGCCCGGUCUCUCUUAAAGAGAUAUUAUCUUGUUGAUAUUCAAUAGGUUGUAUUUCUUAACAUGUUUUAUCAUUGUAUGUGUGGUCUUGAGGCUUAAAACGCUAUUCAGCCUGUUUGGACUGUUUUUCUAAGUCACCCAAUUUGGUUGAGGAUUUUACACGCACCCAAAGCUAAUUCAGAUGCCAAAUGAUCUUCAAAUGCACAGUGAAUCUGAAGCAACAAUAAGCAAGCUCUCUUUUUUUUAUUUUAUUAGACGCGAUCUUUUAAAAACAGAUCUGUGUUGAAUGUUUUUGCCUGUUUAGCGAGUUGUACAAAUUAAGUGCCCCUCAAAACAAAAGUUUACUCGGAGCUUGAGUCAAGCUAAAAGCACUUUUUAGAGUAUUUUUGUCUGCAUGUUUUAGAAAUCGCGUAUAUGCUUCUAGGAAUAAUAUUAGAGCAAUCAACAAAAGUAUAUUUUGCUUCUUGUGGCGUAGUGUAACGUGAACGGGGGCUGGGUCACUGAAUGAGACAGUGGCCUCUGCUGGUAGCAGUCAUGUGGGAUGAAGCGCUGAAGUCCUCUGCUACUCGUCCAGGGUCCGUUUGAGCGUAUCUUAUGAUGUAUAAGGUUUAACUGGCUUGUUAGAAAACCGUAUAUAGCCGAGUAGAAGUGUUCUAGAGUUCACUGUUUGCAUGAUUCUGUUCAAUCUUGUUUUUUUUUGAUGGCAUUCCCCCUCUCGGAACAAUCGUCCUCCAUGCUUAAUGUGCAAUACUGCUGAAUCUGGAUUCUGUGAGGUAGCUGCUAGUGAGGGAAGGAACGUGUUCAUGAAUGUGGGAGAUGAUGAGAAAGAGAGCGAGAGUUAGUGUGGACUGGAGGCUGGUCCUUCACUGGUCUUCAUCUGCUGUUCCCUCAGCAUUGAUAUGGUCCUGUUACACAAUAAAAAUAAUAAUAAAAAGUUAAAAAAAAAGCUAUAGUUUUGAAAUUAUUUUGAAAUUUUAAAGCAUCAAGGUUUUGUAAAUGAUCCUUUAUGAGAGGGGGAGAUGAGUACGGAUAUACUUUGUACACACAUUUAAUCUUGUAAAAA